AUGCCGAGACAAGAUCAAAGCGACCUAUCUUUCUCCUUCGAUUGCUUUGGAACAACAGACAUCAUUCUCGAGGUGGCAACCCCAGGCAACUGUGAUAGGCAUCCCUUCUCACUCCCGGAAGAUCCUCCCGUCCGAGUCGACAUACUUAUGCAGUCCUGUCAUUCAAAUCUAGAGAAAGAAGUAGAGGAAUUGAAGGAAAACAAGCAAGCUCAUCAAACAAUUGAUCAAGUAACCAAGUCUUCUGAGGGAGAGAACAAAGCCCUAAAAGAUCAAGUUGAGCAACUGAAAAAAGAAAUCGAGCAUGCAAGUAGAACACUCGAACAAGUGAAGAAGACCUUUGAGGGAGAGAAGAAAGCUUUAGAAGAUCAAGUAAAUCAACUGAACCAACGAAUCGACGAAUCAUCUCAAGCAUUGAAACUGGAAAACACAAUGGUUGAGAAGGUUACCCAAGAGAAGGUCUUGCUUAUAGAAGAAUUGAAGACCAGAGAAGAACUUUCAAUGUUGGCACCUUAUUUGAUUCUACCAAAUUUUACUCAGUUACAAAUCCUUGGCACGCCAAAUGCAGGCUGA